CGGCUGGCCUGAUUUCGAAUCUGGGAGCAGAGGGCUUCAUGGAGGGGUUGGAGCAGUUGACCUUGACGACGCUGACCAACUUGCCUGUGGCUUGUGCGGCCAUCUACGUGACCGUGGUACUGCUCGGCGCGCCGGUGAUGAGCGACAUUACGGCUACGUUGCAGCUAUCGCUGGGCGUGGGGCUCGUCGUGGCCUUGCCGCUUCUCAACGUCUUGCCAGCGGAUUUAGCAGAGUGGGCAAGGGUCGUGGGGACAUUCAGGUAAGAGUCGAAAGCUAGCAGGUCACGCAGGUCGGUGGACGGGACUAAUCACCACUCUUCGGAUUCGCUCGCAGCACCCGCUCCCCUCGGGA